CGCUGUGUAUCGAGGCCCAUUACGCGAAACUAUAUUUCAUACGAUGCAAUUCCGUUUCUACAUAUAAUAAGUGGAUUCUACCUCGACUUAAUUACUCUGUGUUUACUGUUGUAAAUAUUAGUUUUUGGUGAAAACAAACAUCGCAAAGUGAAAUUAGCGCAGGCGCGAAGACAUGAAUAAAGCGGCCAUCUUGCUCGAGGACGCACUUUCGCCUCGCCCUAGAAGAUUUUAAACAGCCAAAACAUAACAGCGAAGGGAUGGCAUGCGGCCCAGAGAGGAGAAUGUGGACCCUCUGAGAGCGCAGCGCGUCGCGCUAUCGAUCGGACGGAGCGCGAUGGCGCUCGCGAAGUGAAUGCGGAUUUCGGGAUCGCGUUCAUCUCGAGUAGGAUCAGAGUAUCGGUCUCGUGAGAGUGUCCAAGAGUGCGGGCGGUAUGUGAGGCGGCCCGGGGCGAUAGGGCGGCGGGCCCGGGCGGCCGCGCGCCAUGGGCGACGAGUACGCGCGCUCCCCGUGCGAACGGUUCCCGGCGGGCGGCGCGUUCAGCGUGGCUCCACCGGAGAGGCUCAGCCCGCCGCCGCCCGCGCCGUUGCCGGACCGGUUUUCGGCGUCGCCGCGGCGGGUGCGCCGGAGUGCAGAAGCGGAGCGGGCACGGAGGCCCCGGUACGUGCCUCCGGCGGCCCACGUGCCCGUCGAGCGCUACGUACCCCGGCCGCCAGCCCCAGUGCGGGCACCGCCGCCGGUGUAUUGUGGGUUAGCGUGUCGGGCACCGCCGCCUGCCAGCCGCAAGUGCUGUGGGCCGGCAUGUCGCGAAGAUUUGGGAAGCUCGCCGCCGCCGCGAUAUGUGGAGUACGUAGGAGCAGCGGCGGCUCGGCGGUUGGCCUGUACACCGCCGCCGCCACCGCCGCCCGCGCUACAGCUCUGUGAUCCACAGGAGCCUCCUUGUUGUGCACAAGCGAGGAGAAGAAAUCAACAAGCACACGACUGGCGGUCGAGUGCAAGCCUACUCGCCCCUCAGUUGGCGUGCCAAAACUCCCCUGGGCCGGCAGCGUCAGCGCCGCCUCUCCCUGCCCCCGCAUCACCUCCUCGAAUAGUUUCAGUACCCCCCGUACCCCAAUUGCCAUCUGAACAAAAUCCCCCACCGGCGCAAGAAGAUGGCGUAAGAUUACGGCGUGCCCAUACAGUUGCCGUCAGAAAUUACCUGAAAAGAGAAACGCAGACGUUUUUCGGAGUACAAAAGGAUAAUGAAAGGGAACAAAGAAGGCUGUGGCAUGAGAGGCGGAGGCGGCAUGCGGCACGGACCCUGGGUGAUCUUCGAAUUGACCUACCACCGGAUUAUCAUCCUGAUGAUGAUGAUAUUAGUAUGUACGGAGCAUCAGGCGCAGCACCCAGAGAGGCUCGGGGGCGAAGUCGAGAGCGGCCCGACGUGCUACCAGCGCCGGCGCCGCUCGAGCCAGCCGCCCCACCGCCCGCCCCACCAGGGAAAGACAGCGUGGCGCGGCUUACGCUCACCGGACUCUCUUACGUUGUUACUGCGGUGACGAGACGAUCACGUCAGUCGACGUCAGCGCAAUGGUCGCGAUCAUUUCGUGGUAGUGCGAGCAGUCCCCACGAGGAAGUCGAUUUUGACGACGUCUUCUUCGCCCCUACCUCAUCAGCACUUAGUCAGCACCAUGAUGAUGUUGAUGCAUCGGAAGGACCGAAAAGUGCGCGAUCACCUCUUGGAUCUUCUGGUGUGGAGUACAGAAGGCCCGAGAGGAGUGUGUCGUGGGGGACAGGGGGUGUUCGCAUCCACAAACCCAUGUUGGAACCACUUGCAGAUAACUCGAAUAGGAGGCAGUUCGGUAUGGGUAUCGUUGGAAGAUUUUUCCGACGAUCCCUUCGCAAAUCAAUGACACAACAAGGGGAAAUCGCGCAACAGUUAGACGAGCUGACGGACUACCGGCCUUACUUCACGUGGUGGGUCAGCACAGUUCAGACCCUGGUGCUUCUUUUGGCCUUGCUCUGUUAUGGCUUCGGACCAGUCGGCUUUGGUCGACACACGCACACGGGACAAGUUAUGUUGAAGAGUCUCAGCUUACAACAGGUUGAAUGGGAAGAACCUGCUUCAUUUUGGUUGGGACCACGGGCGGCGGAUCUCAUACAUUUAGGAGCUAAGUUUGCACCAUGCAUGCGAAGGGAUGCGAGGAUAGCUAGAGCGAUAGCUGCAUCUGCGAGAAGAGAGAGAGAUACAGCCUGCUGUAUACGGAAUGACGAUUCGGGAUGUGUACAGUCAUCUAAAGCGGAUUGUUCGAUAAGAGGAUUAAUACCAAAGAACACAAUAUCAACGUGGAAAAAAUGGUCUUCUGGCGAUUCGGGACCCGGGGGUCGGAUAUCAGGCUCAGUUUGUGGAUUAGAUCCCAAAUUCUGUGAAGCACCACGUUCAAUAGCACCUCACGAAUGGCCCGAUGACAUAACAAAAUGGCCGAUCUGCCGCAAGUCAGUAUUAGAUGGUUCCGCAGCGGCUGGCAGAGCGGGGCAUGCAGCUGAGCAUAUGGCGUGCGAGGUUAUAGCGCAUCCAUGCUGCAUAGGCGUUCAUGGCCAGUGUGUUAUCACCACAAGCGAACAUUGCUCGUUCGUCAAAGGGUACUUUCACGAGGAGGCAUCAUUGUGUUCACAGGUAUCUUGUCUGGACGAUGUCUGCGGUAUGUUACCGUUUAUGCGGAGACGGCGUCCCGACCAGUUGUACCGGGCAUGGACAUCUCUGUUCGUACACGCUGGCCUCUUGCAUUUAGCAGCAUCUCUUGCUCUGCAGUGGCUGUUCAUGAGGGACCUGGAAAAAAUGGCGGGGCCAGUUAGAAUAGCAGUUGUGUAUUUGGGAAGUGGAGUCGCGGGUAACAUGGCGUCAGCGAUCUUCGAACCGUAUAGAGCCGAGGUCGGUCCAGCGGGAGCACACUUCGGCCUUUUAGCGUGUUUAAUAGUUGAAGUGAUAGGUGCGUGGCCUAUAUUGAGGCAUCCGAAGCGCGCGCUAAUGAAACUUAUCGGACUGGCGUUAGCCUUAUUUUUCGUGGGACUCCUGCCGUGGAUUGACAAUUUCGCCCACGUGUUCGGUUUCGUGUUUGGGUUUCUUCUGUCAUACGCUCUGUUGCCGUUCGUGACGUUUGGGCCUUACGAGCGGCGGAGGAAGAUCGUUCUGGUGUGGGUGUGUCUGGUCUCCGCCGGAGGGAUGCUAUGUGCGCUGAUAGCAUUGUUCUACGCGGCUCCAGCGUACGAGUGUGCGGCGUGUGCGUACUUUACGUGCCUGCCGUUCGCGCCUGACAUGUGUGCGUCGCAGGACGUGCGCGUGCGGCAGAUGGACGGCGUAUGACGGCGCGCGGCCCGGGCGCCCCCGCCGCCGCCGCCCCCCCGCCCCUGCCGCGCCAAGCGAACGUCUCUAUGCAUAUAUUUUUGUAUAUCUUAUAGUGUGUGAUUCGGUUUGUAGUCCAAGUGGUUAGCUUUUGGUGAAUAUUAUGGUGACACAUCGGUCAUUGGUGAUUUAAAUUUUUAAUUAUGUAUCGGGUUAAGCUCUCGACAGAUUUGGAUGGGUAGUUUUGAUGAAAAUUUAUUAAGUAUAAAGAUGUGAAAUGGGGUCAUUGUUAUAAAAGGGAAUAAAUUUUCUCUCGAAAGGAUGAGGACUAUAUAGCACGUUCUUAAAUGUCGAGAGCAUAAGCCAACGGCCGUUGUGAACAAAUAUUGGUGAAUGAUAGCGUCCCUCUAAUAUAUUCUACUAUAUAUUCAUAAUGGCCAUACAACUACAUCCUAUACUCCAAUAUGAAACAAUAUAAAAAAUUACCGUAUAUACUGUUAGAUUCCAAUUCAACAGUUACCAGAAAACGUUCUAAAAAAUGAAACCAUAAUAUACGUACACGCUUGCGCUACAUAUACGCAGUGUAAACGUAAACGUUCAUUAAAAGUAAAACCGUCAAGUGUCACUUGUUAAAAUGAUUUUUUUUAUGUUAUUUAUUCUCAAAUCAAGCAGAUUUUAACUUUUAACAUACAUAAUUGUUGUUCAAGGAGUCCCAAACGUACAAGUAUAGUCAGACCCCUGUAUAUUGGUCUGUUUAAUUUUAAUUGUACUUUAGUGUCCUUAUUAAUCACUGCCAACAUAACCAUCCCAGUAUCGUUACAAUUAGGACAUUCGUAGCUUAGAUAUAAAAGAAUUUAUUUCUAAUCAAGGGUCAUUUUGAUGUCAAAUGAUGACGGAUUCUUAUCAUAAUGUUUAACUCCCUUAUUCAGUUUUUAGAAUACUAUUCAUUCUGUCUCUCUGUAACAUUGAACCAUAACUUGACAGAAAGAGAUGCACCAAAUCGACUUAUUUUGUUUUAAUAACUAAAAAAAAUAAAAUAACGGGUGAACCCGUUAGGUUUAUAUGGAAUAUAAACAAGUAAUAGGUGCUUUGGAAUGUUUAUUGAUUAUAUUAUACAAAUUUAUUUUUUGGUUGACGUGACCCUCUAUUGUAAUAAAACUGACAUUGACAAUUAACAUGUCAUGCUUAAUCACGUGACCUUAGAAAUUUCUUUGGUAAUGCAAAAAUACACACGAAUCUGUAGACACAGGUCUAUGUUAUCAUUGGAAAGGUUUCUUUUUAAAUCCUAAAAUUAUUCCCAAUUUCAUAUCGGUUUUAAAAUCGUUAUAAUAGCGGUCGAUCACAUUCAAAUAUCAAUCCAAAUAUUUAUCCGUAUACCCAAAGAUGGUUUAAAAUAUCCGAUUAACUAACGAAAUGUAAUUUAUAAGAAAUAUAUUGAAAAAUGUAUCACUAGUGAAAAACAAGAAUUGUGUUUUAGUUUUAAAAGCGGUCGUUAUUGAAUCUCCGACAGUUUUGUAUGCAAUUUCGACAUAGCUUCCUACUUGUAGCCAGUAGCAUGUCGUAACCGCGUACUAAAAAUUCAUAUUGGAUUUACAGAGUAAUGACUGAAUGACGUCGAAUUCGUUAACAUUUUCCCGUACUACGAAAGCACUAGAAAACAAUUUCCAUGCUAUUAUUCACUUUAUACUUUCUUCACAUACUUAUAGCAUGACGUUAAAAAAAUAUUUAUUUAUAGCUAAUCAGCGAUGCCCUCAUAUUUCACCGAAAGUCGAUUCAUGAUAAUUGUAAGCCAAGUGUUUAUCGUAUGACUGAAGUGGCUCAAAUAAGAUUUCAAUAUGGGUGGUAUUACGGAUGUAUUUUGGGAUUCCUUUUAUUAGUAAAAUUG